AUGAGAUGCUCACAGCCUUUCGCCGCUCUGCUGUCACUAUGUUUCCUUUCCUCGAAUGCCGUCUUCGCCGAUGAUACCACCACUGUUCCGAUCUACCUGCCGCACUAUGAUGCGAAUAGCUGGUCGCAGCUGCGGGGGAGCGUAGUUUCAAGUAAUGCCAAAGAAACGACGUAUACCAUCUUUUGCCCGCCACAGACAUCACCUAAUUGCGACCUCGCCAUCGAGUUCCCCUUCGUCUUCUCCGAGGGCGAGAGUACGCUUCAGUUCCACGGCACCAAGACAUCAACUCUCAUCGCCGAUUUGGGCUGCACAUUAAGCGGAACGACAGCUGCGACAUGUUCAGGAUACUCGAGUCUGAAAAGCGGAUACAUUAACGGCAAAUUGACGGGACCGACCGAAGUAUCGUGGACGUCGACCAUGACCGGCUCUGAGGUGGAAUGGGGUAUUUUGACCAUGGCUGAGGAGCCCGCGGCUACAGCAACUCCAGCGACGACCACGACCGCCGACGACUCGAACUUUGACGAUUUCUUAUACACGGACAGCCUCUCGCCUUCAUUACCUGCCGAGACUAACCCGAGCGCCGCUCCUCGUCUUGGCCGCAGCUGGGCUCUCGUCGCAUCAUUAUGCAGCAUGGCAGUUGUUGCAUUGGUGGUAUAA